CAAUUUAUAACUGGAAAAUUUUUAUGUAGCAUGUACACUUCACUGCAGGGAAUAUAUCCUCUCAGCUCUAACAUAAACUCGCAAAAUUUCCCAAAUCUAAAACCCUAGCAAUAAGCAAUUAAAUUAACUGAAAGCUACUAACUUUAGGGUUCUACAACGGUGACCAUGGCGCAAGAUAACAACAAGAGAAGGAAGCCAAAUUUACUAAUAACAGGAACCCCUGGAACAGGCAAAACGACGACGUCUUCUGCUCUGGCAGAGGCGACCCAAUUUCGCCAUAUAAAUAUCGGAGAUUUGGUCAAAGAAAAGAACUUGCACGACGGUUGGGACGAUCAAUUCGAUUGCCACAUCAUCAACGAAGACCUGGUUUGUGAUGAGCUUGAAGAUAUAAUGGAAGAAGGUGGAAACAUAGUUGACUAUCAUGGCUGUGAUUUUUUUCCAGAACGAUGGUUUGACCGUGUGGUAGUGCUUCAAACUGAGAAUUCUAUCUUGUUUGAUCGCUUAAGCAAGCGAGGAUACUCCCAGAACAAGAUAACGAACAAUAUUGAAUGUGAAAUCUUCCAAGUUUUGUUAGAGGAGGCAAAAGAAAAUUACGCCGAAGAUAUUGUAAUGGCGUUAAGGAGUGAUUCUGUUGAGGACAUUACUAGAAAUGUUGCUACUUUAACAGAUUGGGUGAGGAGUUGGCAACCUGUAUCAUAAUCUGACCAGUACCAAAAACAGAUUCUGCUUAUCCCUGUUCCCCUGCCAGGUGAAAGUAGCUGCUGAUAUUGUUAGUUCGCCUUGAGAAGGUUUUUUUAUUUGUCACUUCAUGAUUUCUUUUGCUGUUGGGAAGUGAAUCAAGUUCUGGAUUGGAUAUGAAAAUCACAAUGUGCAAUUUGAUUACUGAUUUUCUUGAAUAUCUGCUCACUCGUAUAGCCAAAUUAGAAUAUGCUUUCACCAUUGGUUUUGCUAUUGCAAAACCCCCAUGCUGUAUGAUUAAAGCAGCUUUUCCUGUGAUGUUGGUUUUGACGUUGAAGAUGAAUUUAUCUCACAGUUCAUUUUCUUGUUCUUUAGAGUUAAA